AUGGCUGAGGCCAGGAAGCGGCGGGAGUUACUCCCCCUGAUCCACCAGCAUCUUUUGCAAGCGGGGUAUGUCCGUGCAGCGCGGGAAGUGAAGGAACAGAGCGGCCAGAGAAGUUUCCCGACACAGCCGGUAACCCUUCUGGACAUCUACACACACUGGCAACAAACCUCGGAGGUCGGCCAGAAGCGGAAGGCAGAGGAUGAUGCCGCGCUUGAGGCCAAGAGGAACCGCGUGUCAGACCCCAUUAGCACCUCUGAGAGCUCAGAAGAGGAGGAGGAGGAAGCAGAAGCUGAGCCCGCCAAUGCCAGGAAGACCCCAAGACUAGAGUCCACCAACUCCUCAGUCAUCAGGACAGAUGUGCCAUCGAGCGUGAAAGAGCACGCCAAGGCAGACGCCAAGAAAGCCAGCAAGAUGGUGAACUCCACAUCACACCCUCCCUUAGGGAAGGCAGUGGCCCUCCUCUCUGGGAAGACCCCCAAGAAGUCAUCAGUGCCUUUGGCAAAUACUACGUUGGUCUCAGAAACUGAGGAGGAGGGAAGUGUCUCAACCAAGCCUGGGGCGGUGGACCAAGCUGAAAGCUCCAGCGAGGAUUCCUCCAGCUCAAGCGACGAGACAGAUGUGGAGGUGAAAACCCAUCCUGCCAAAACCUCUUCAGUCUCACCCAAGGAGGCCCCAGGGAAAAGGGCAACCCCAACCCCAGGCAAAGCGGGGGGCGUGACAGCCCAAGUCAGAGGAGGCACCUUCACCCCAGAUAACAGGACCACAAAGCCUGAAGAGUCAGAGAGCAGCGAGGAGGAGUCUGAGAGUGAGGAGGAAGCCUCUACAAAGACCCUGAGCCAGGUAAAGGCCUUGGGGAAAACUUCCCAGGUGCAAGCUGUCUCGGCUCCUGUCAAGGGGUCCCCUGGGAAAGACACUGCCACAGCAUCUCCUAUAAAGCCUGGGGCUGCCCAGGCCAAGGCAGGGAGGCCAGACCCAGACUCAGAGAGCAGCAGCGAGGAAGAGUCAGACAGUGAGGAGGAGAAACCCGCAGCCAUGACCCCACUUCAGGCAAAAUCCUCUGCAAAAGCCCCCCAAGUCAGAACUGCCUUGGCUCCUGCCAAGGGAUCCCCUCUCAAAGGGGGGACUCGGAGAGCAGCAGUGAAGAGUCAGACAGCAAAACCCUCUGGGAAAAAUUCUCAGGUCGGAACUGCCCUGAGCACAAGACCCUCAGGGAGGGUGGGCAUCACAGUGCCCCCUGGGAAGGCAGGAUCUGGAGCACCCCAGGCCCAGGUGACAAAGCAGGAGGAGACCUCCGAGAGCAGCAGCGAGGACGAGUCAGGCAACGAAGGGAAGGCGCCGACAGCAGUGACCCCGGUUCAGGCAAAGCCCACAGGGAAAACCUCCCAGGUGAGACCUGCCUCGGGUCCCACCAAAGGUACCUUGGGAAAGGGCACUACCCCAGUGCCUCCUCAGAAGGCAGGACCUAUAGCCACAACCCAAGUCAAGGCUGAAAAGCCCACGGAAGACUCAGAGAGCAGUGAGGCGUCAUCUGACAGUGAGGCAGAGGCACCAGCAGCCAUAACUCCUGCCCAGGCAAAACUGGCCGUCAAAACACCCCAGAUCAAAACCUCCCCAAAGAAAAGCACCCCUAUCACCCCUGCAUCUGCCAAGAUCCCUCCAGUGCAAGUGGGUACCCCAGCCCCAUGGAAGGCAGGAGCAGUUACUUCUCCAGCCUGCACAGCAUCCCCAGCUGUGGCCAUGGUUGCCCAGAAACUGAAGGAGGAGUCUUCAAGCAGCGAGGAGUCAGAGAGUGAAGAGGAGGAAGAGAAGGCGGCUCCUGCAGUAGCGGUGGGACAGGCAAAGUCUGUGUGGAGAAAUUCCCCUGGGAAAUCAGGCCUUGCAGCUGGCCAGCUCAAAAUGGAGGUUCACGACUCGGAGAGCAGUGAGGAAGACUCGGACAGUGAGGAGGUGCCUCCAGCACAGGUGAAGACCUCAGUGAAAACUCCUCAAACCAAAGCUUCUCCCAGCGCGUCUUCAGUCAAAGCGGCAGUGUCAACUCCUGCAAAGGUAGUCACGGCCACCAUUCCAACCAAGCUGGCCUCCCCAGCCAAGGUCAAGCCACCAAUGAGAUAUCUCCAAAGCAGCACUGUCUCAGUGCAGGGCCUGCUGUCUAUGCCAACAGGGGGGCACUGUGAGGAGGAAGUCCCAGCCCAGGAGAGAGGCAGCGGGAAUCGCUGUACUUCCGUGUCUGUGCCCGACGCCCUAGCUGUGUCUCAGACCAAGCUCCUGCCCGCGGUGAAGGCCUCAGGGAAAACUCCUGAGACCAAGACUACAUCAGCGUCUACCAAGGGAUCCUCUGUUAAAGGGGCCACGCCAGCACCCCCUGGAAAAGCGGGGCUUGUAACUGCCCAGAAAGGAAAACCAAAGGAGGACUCGGAGAGCAGCAGUGAGGAGUCGGACAGUGACGAGGAGGCACCGGCCCAGGUGAGACUUCAUGCGGAGGUGAUUAAACCCCCUCUGAUUUUUGUCGACCCUAAUCGUGGCCCAGCUGCUACCCACACGCCAGCCCAGGCUGCAAGUUCCCCAAGGAAGGCCCAGGCCUCGGAGACCACAGCCCAGAGCUCUUCCUCCGAGAGCGAGGAUGAGGAUGUGAUCCCGGCUACCCAGUGCUUGACUACUCCUGUCAUUAGAACCAACCUCUCCACACCAGUGGCAGCCAGCAGCAGCAACGAGUCCAAAAAGGUGGCAGAAGGCAAGCAGCAGAAGACAGCAGCCACUCAGGUGGCAAAGAACCCAACUUCCCUCCCACUGACCCAGGCCGCACUGAAGGUCCUCGCCCAGAAGACCAGUGAGACUCAGCCUUCUUCCGCCAGGUCCCAGCCGUCAAGUGGGGUCAGCAGUGUUCUAGGAAAGUCUCCUGUGCUGAAUGCUCAGAGCAGCCCUGGAGGGACCAACAAGGUCAAAAACCCCAAGCUUCCUGAAACCCAGCCAACAACCCUGAGACCCCCCAAAGUCACAGCCUCCAACAGCUCAGAUGACAGCACUGGCAGCUCUUCAGAGAGCGAGCAGGAUGUUGAGGCGGCCCAGAACGCCAAGGUGGCACACAGGCCAGGUCCAGUGCCGGCCAGCAGGGAGACCGUGGUGGAAGAGACCACGGAGUCCAGUGAGGACGAAGUAGUGGAGCCUUCCCAGUCUCUCCUCUCAGGUCACGUGUCCUCUGGAUCAAACCUGGUCAAUUCCCAGGCUUCGAAAGCCAUUCCCAGGCAAGGCCCCAGCCCCUCAAUUUCCGCUACUCCGGCCACCAAAGAUAUUCCAGAGAGCAAACUAGAGACUGAGCCCCAACAAGCAGUUGCUAUCAUGUCUACUAAAAAAGGCAGAAAAAAGGCCACCUCGGAAACGAAGCCUCAGAAGCCCAAAAAGGGAGCUGUGGACCCCCAAGCUUCCACACUGGCUCUGCAGAAAGACAUCACCCAGCGCCUCCUGCGCGAGCCCUGGCCCCUGAGUGAGGCCCAGGUGCAGGCCUCUGUGGUGAAGGUCCUGGCCGAGCUGCUGGAGCAGGAGAGGCAGAAGACUCUGAAUGCUGCCAAGGAGAGCAGCAAGAAGGCCCGGGUGGGCCUCAAGAGAAAGCUGUCCGGAGACCAGGCUGCCACCACUCCCAAGAGCAAGAAGAAGAAGCUGAUGCCUGGGGACAGUGGGGAGGGUACAGCUUCCCUAGAAAAGACCUCCAGGACUCAAAAGGGAAAAUCAAAGAAAGACAAAGCCAGUGGUCAAAUCAAAGAAAAGAAGGAGAAGGGGGCUUCUGACUCCAAAGAGGUCAAGGAAAAAUUGGAAGGGGGUCCAGGAAUCGUGAAGGUGGAAGAUGGAAACGAAGGCAACUCAAACAGCAAGAAAGAGAAGAAGUCAGAGAAAAAAAAAAAAGACAAAGAAAAAAAAGAAAAGAAGAAGAAAAUUAAAAAAGCUGCUGCAACCGAAGACCAUGACUCACCUACCCAGAAGAAAAGGAAAAAAAAGAAGAAGACAGCAGAGCAGACCGCCUGA